GGCUGCUAUAUUUCGCGUCUAGCUUUUUGUUUACACCGGCCGGUGUGGUUGCCGCCGUGGAAGUCCUUGUCUGCCUUGGCCUGACCUCCUCGAGUCGUUUCCGCCGGCUGCUUGUUGCCAGUGUUUGUUUGGUUCACUUCAUUCUUCUCUCUGACUUUGACUCUGUCACCAGAGCAGAGCACAGCACAGCACUCAGCACAGCCGGACGAGUCUUCAAUUUAUGGGAUUGUACCGCAACGAAUGGGCUGAAGCUCUGGGCAUAGAGAUCUCCAGCCCGAGGGCCAAGGACGGCACCAUGGUAGUGAACAGGAGGACCGGCUUUUCCAACGGCAAGCUGAUGCCGUCGCUGAGCUUCAAGCUGUGGGAGGCAGAGGCGGUAGUCGCUUCCAUGGACCACGACGGCAGGGCCAGCGAGUGCCUGCGGGAUUCCGUUCCGGAGUUGGUGUUCAUGGCGUCUCCGACUACGACCACCCCGAGCCCGCGGGUGUCGUCCAGCCCCAAAUGCGAGCUGGACGCCGCGGCGGUGAAGCUCCAGAAGGUGUACAAGAGCUACCGCACGCGGCGGAACCUCGCCGACUGCGCCGUGGUCAUCGAGGAGCUGUGGUGGAAGGCGCUGGACUUCGCGUCCCUCAAGCACAGCUCCGUCUCCUUCUUCAACGGCGGCAAGCCCGAGACGGCGGCGUCGCGCUGGGCCCGCGCCAGGACUAGGGUGGCCAAGCUUGGCAAGGGGCUGUCCAAGAACGGCAAGGCGCAGAAGCUGGCGCGGCAGCACUGGCUCGAAGCUAUUGACCCGAGGCAUCGGUAUGGCCACAAUCUGCACAUCUAUUACGAUGUCUGGUCCAAGAGCGAGAGCACGGAGCCCUUCUUUUAUUGGUUGGACAUUGGGGAAGGCAAGGAAGUGAACCUUGAGAAAUGCCCUAGGAGUAAGCUUCAGAGCCAGUGCAUCAAGUACCUUGGACCAAAAGAGAGACAAGAGUAUGAGGUUGUUGUGGAGAGGGGAAAGCUCGUGUAUAAGAAAAAUGGAGCUCUUGUGCAAACUCUGGACGAUUCCAAGUGGAUUUUCGUCCUCAGUACCACCAAGGCACUCUAUGUCGGGCAGAAGAAGAAAGGCUCGUUUCAGCACUCGAGUUUCUUAGCUGGUGGAGCCAUAACAUCUGCCGGAAGAUUGGUCGUCAAAGAAGGAAUCCUCAAGGCUAUAUGGCCGUACAGCGGCCACUACCUUCCAACUGAAGAGAACUUCAAAGAGUUCAUCCGCUACCUCGAGGAGAACGGUGUCGACCUCACUCAUGUCAAGAAAUGCCCAGUCGACAAAGACGACGAGUACCCCUUGGUGAGCAAGCCUGAAGCUCAGGCCAACGCCGCCGUCUCGAACGGCACUGGCGGAGCAGAACACAGCACGGCGUCUGAAGCCAUGGUUGACCAUACGAGUGACUCCGACGCGGCCGACGGCGACGGUCACGGGGCAACCGGCGGUCGAGUGCCGGUGGUCACGGGACCACCGUCGAGUGCUGCUGCUGCUGCUGCUCAGGUUGGCAAGAACCACUCGACGUGCCGGUGGUCUACGGGCACGGGCCCCCGCAUCCGGUGCGUCCGCGACUACCCGCAGGACCUCCAGUCCAGGGCGCUCGAGCACGUCAACCUCUCGCCGAGGCUCACCGGCUCGCCGUCGAGGAAGAGGGACCCGGUCCCUUCCCCUCGCCCCAGCCCGGCGAUGAUCCUGUCUCCGAGGCUCGCUUCCGUCGGAUUCCACCCUCAGACGACGGUGUCCCUCACGCUGCCCGACUUCAAGAGGAGCAGACUGCACUGAACAACUCUGUUCUUGUUUCAUUGUUUCGCUUGGCGAUCAGAAGAAUAACUCAACUGGUCAGCCUGUUUACUGACAGGCCAGUGACCUUUUUCCCUGCUAGGUUGAUCAGUAGAUUACUUCGUUUUUUUCUUCUGUUCAUUGCUUUAUUGAUGGCAACAAUUUUCGGUUGUAGAUACUAUUUGUGAUUCUUUUGUUAGAUGUAUGUAUGCAAGGAGUACAUGUACAUUGCUUAAGAUUGAAUUGAAAAAAUGGCGAUUUUGUUUA